AUGAUAAAAUAUGAAAACAAAAUAAAUGAAACAUUUGUCAGUAGUACACCUAAACAAGUUCGUGUUUAUCAUAGAACAGAAUAUGCAAUAUCAAUCUAUACUAUGAUCCGUAAUAAACGAAAUGAAAUAAUCGAUUGGAUUGAAUAUCAUCGAAUGAUUGGCAUUGGACAUUUUUAUUUGUAUGAUAAUUUGAGUGAAGAUGAUAUCCAUAUAUUUCUUAAAUACUAUCUAGAUCAAAAUAUUGUUACGAUUAUCAAAUGGCCUUUUAAACCCAUUCAAAAUGAACAUUGGAACAUGAUUCAAUCCGCUUCGAUGAAUCAUGUUUUGAAAAACUUUGGUCCAUUCAAUAAAUGGAUGGGUUAUUUUGAUACUGAUGAAUAUUUUCAGUUAAACAAUACAAAUGAAAAACUUAUUUUAUCAGGAAAAACAUCACUCGUUGAAUUACUUGAACAAUCAUUUCCUGAGACAAAAUUUCCUGGAGGAGUACAGUUUUAUAAUUGUCCAAUAUCAUGUUUUCUAUCAGAAAACGAAAUACUUUCAAGUCGUCAUUUGAACAUUUUUCAAAAAUGUAAUUCAAUUGUAGAGCCUCGAGACUGUUAUACACGAAGAAAAUUAUUUAUUCGACCUCGAAAUGUUCCUUUCAUGCAAAAUAUUCAUGCUCUUGAAAGUGGAAUCAUAUUUUCGCCUAAUAAUGGACUGUCGAACUUAGGCCAAUUUCGGCAUUAUCACUAUGGAAUCAUAGGUGCAAAAGGAGAUCAACGCGAUAAAUUUGAUGAUUCCAUGAAGAAUUUCAUCGCGAAUUCAACACAAAGAAUAUCUUUAUUCUAUAGAGCACUUUGCCCUGAGCCUAAAAUUCAUUAA